AUGGUAGCACACUCACCUGGAUCCGCUUCCCAGGUCGUGGCUGUACUUGCCCUGGCCAUUGCCAGCUACUUUGCAUCCCACAGACCGCACCCUGCGCACGCGCUUUCUCUUUCGAGACUAGUGGGCCUGGAAGCUGCUGGUACAUCGCCACAAGUCGCGGAGAGCGUCGCACCUGACAGUGUGAACUCGACUGCUUUGAUGCAGCAGGCCUUGCUCUACGGAGAAGCCUCUGUGGCUGUCAAGGCAAUGGCAAACCAGUCCUGGCCACCUUCGAAGUUGCUGCACGAAGGUGAGGACUGCUGGCGACCUUGUGGAAAUGUAUCCGGUGACUGUUCCUGGUGUGGUCUUGGCAAUGCAUGCUGCCGGCUUGGCGCAAAGUUUGAUCCACCAGAGUGUGAGGGUGCGACUUUCUCGACAGCAAAGUGGCACACGUGCGUGGCGCCAGCACAGCUCCAUUCAGUGAAGCAUGUAUCACAAGAAUGCUUGUCGCGAUGCAACUUCCGCAGCGGCUAUUGCGACUGGUGUGGUGCAGGAAAUGCUUGCUGCAUGGAGAAGGCAGCCGCCCUGGAUGCUCCGGAAUGCCGAGGAGCAUAUUCUUACCGCAGCGAUGGCGCGUACAACUGUGUACCUACACUGGGUACCUGCGGCUUCGGAGAAGUUGCAGAUGGCAAGGGCGGCUGCAAGACGCCCGGAGCAGCGCCCACCAUGAGCUUUUACAUGUACAAGGCCUCUGCUCCAUAUUGGCCUCUCGAGCUCAAUCUGAGCACUGACAUGGGCAGCCUUGGUGGUGUUCUUUGGUAUUUGCACAAUGACAUUGUGACGGAUUGCCCUCGCAAAUUCGGGAUCGAUCGCAUCUUGCGCUACUACGUCACGAUGAAGCCAACAGACGCGCUCUACCAGAAGGGGCAAUUAUUCGACCGCUGGGCAGAGUUCCGACAGGGCAAAGUGGCCGAUCCGUCCUUUCAGGCAGAUCACUGGGACAAGUACGGCUACAAUGUCGGCUGCCUACGACCUGAUGUGACAAGAUCCGUGGCCCGAUAUCAAGAUGCCAUUUGGUAUUCACUCCCCGGGCGAUGCCCGAGCAAUGAUUUCCAGCGCAAAACGGAGCGAUGUUCAUUGGAGCAGCCCGGUGGCUAUUGUGCUCACCCAAAUGGUACCAGCACAUGCACUUGGACCGCAACAUUUGCAGGGGAGGUGUUUCUUGAUGAAAUCGCUGGCAUCAUUGAUCAGGCGUCGUUCUGCAACCUGGGCGGUUUCGAGUACGACAGUUAUGAGGACAAGGGGGUCAACAACGACUUUUGGAAUGGCAAGCUGAACUUCGAAGCAUGCAGCUGGCGGGUGAGCCGAGUGCACCAAGAGUUCGCGCGCAAGCAUCCCAACUUACCUGUGGGACUCGACCGCCACCCGUGCGACCACGACAGCCUGCAAGAAGGAUGA